UCCGUACGUGUACGCCGCUAUCUAAUCACAACACUCGCCUUACAGUAAAAAACUUGAGACCAUCAGUGCGAAGAAAAAAUUCCAACAACCUCAACGAUGAGACGCCUCGAGUUAGCAUCAGUGCUUUUGUUUUGGGCGCAAUUGGCGCAAUCUGUCUCCAUUGGCAGUCGGGUUGUAGGCGGACAAGAAGCCACUCCCGGAGCUUACCCAUGGCAGAUCUAUGCCGAAGGUUUUGCAAAUGGCCAGGUUGUGUAUGGGUGCGGCGGCACCCUGAUUUCUGACCGCCACGUUCUGACAGCGGCCCAAUGCUUUGAGGGGGCUCAAAUCGUUCGCGUUUACUUGGGAGCUCACAACGUUUCUGCCACCAACGAGCCCAACAGAGUCAUCAUGGAAACCACAGAUUUCACAAUCCACCCUGAAUUCAGCACUAAUUACUACGACAAUGACAUCGCCGUAAUCACCCUGCCCAGACAAGUCACAAUUAAUACGUAUAUUGAUGUCGCCAAUCUUCCCACUGGCGGAGAUGUUGGCAGCGAUUUUCUGGGCGCAGAGGGUGUUUUCGCCGGAUGGGGUUCUAGUGAUGGCAUCAACUCUUUGACCUCCAUACUACGAUUUUCGAGAAACACGGUUGUUAGUAAAGUGGAAUGCGAAGCUCAUUACGGCGUCAACUGGAUGAGUGCUGCAAAACUUUGUGUUGAAACUGCAAAUCAAGCAGGACCUUGCUACGGCGAUGCAGGGAGCGCUUUAAUACGUGAAAGUGACAAAACCAUAAUCGGAAUCUUUUCCUUUUUGGACAAGCUGGGCUGCCUGAAUGGAUUCGCGGUUGGAUUCACCAGAGUGGGCCAAUACGUCGAUUGGAUCAAUGGAAUCGUGAAUGGAAAAUAGUUUAUAUCAACAGCAGAUUAAGAAAAAUAAAUGCAAAAAUUAAUC